UCCUUUUACUGGUCAGUGAGUGUACAUUUUUUUAAGAAAAAAAAAAACCAAUACCAUAUGAUAAUAAAUGUAUGACAUAGUAAUUGAUGAGUGGGGGAAGAAAAGGAGAGUUUCUCCGAAGUCGAAAUAUAAUUAAUUAAAAUCGAAAAUUGAUUAAAAAGGUAUAGGCAAUCGGUAUUAAUUUCAAAUCAUAAUUCCAAUCACAGAGGCUUGGGGGAAAAUUGAGUUUCUUGAAACGUGCUAUAUAAACGAAUAAAUGCAAAUCGCCCUUAAUCAAUCUGAAUAAUUCAGACCAGUUAUUUCAAUAAUUCAUGAAUAGCACGCGGAGGAUGUCGAAGGAAUCGCAGUUGAUUUCUACGGAGAUCGAAACGAUAGAAUUAUUUGGCGGAGAGAAAAGAUCCUGCGACUCAAAGAAGAGACAGAACGAUGAGGACAAGACCGUCAAAUUCCGCUGUGAUUUCCCUUCGACGCCCGUCGAAGUAAUGCUGGCGAGAGGUUGGACCCAGAUAGUCAACCCUGAAGAUGCCAGCUGGCAUCUAUGGUGGUGCGAAACGGGCGAUGUGUUGCGGCAGGCGCUUGAUAGAGAUCGGAAGAAGUUACGUCCUCACCAGCGGGUGUCGCACUUCCGCAACCACUACGAGCUCACGCGUAAGAAUUACCUGUGUCGCAACCUCAAGCGCUACCGGAAGACCCUUACGAGGGCCGGAAAAACGGCCGAAGCCUGCAUCUGCGAUGCUAUGCCUAUGACUUAUGAGCUACCCAGCGACUACCGGAUGUUCGUCGAGGAAUAUCACAAGCAGCAAGGAGCUACGUGGAUUGUCAAACCAGUGGCAAAGUCGCGAGGCAGGGGCAUCUUUCUGUUCAGAAAAUUGAAGAGUCUGGCGGAGUGGAAGAGUAGAGAGGUCAAAGCUGCCUCGCAGCAGCUGGGAACCUCAACCGAGACUUACGUCGUUCAGAGAUACAUAGAUAAUCCUUAUCUCGUCGCAGGGCGAAAAUUCGAUCUGCGCAUUUACGUGUUAGUGACAUCAUUUCACCCUCUGAAAGUCUGGCUGGCUAGGGAAGGCUUUGCCCGUUUAUGUGGCCGAUUGUUCGACCUGGAAAAUAUCGGAGAUAAUAAAGCGCACUUGACAAACAUGGCAAUACAGUUAAAGACAGAUGAAAAUACCAAAGGUAUCCCGUCGACGGAAAAUGAAAGUCGGAAGCGGGACUGCAAAUGGGCUUUGAGCAAGCUUAAAGAUUACUUAAUAGUUCAUCAUGGAGCGGAAAUGAUUGAAAACUUGAUGCAACGCAUCACAGGUGUGAUAAUGGCGAGCCUGUUGGCAGUACAACCGGCUAUUAUGCAGGAUCGUAACUGUUUUGAGCUCUAUGGCUAUGAUGUACUGCUGAGCGACGAUCUGCGACCUUGGUUGUUGGAGGUCAAUGCGUCCCCUGCCUUAACGGGCACUGAUAGCGAGGACUAUCGUCUCAAGUUCAACUUGGUCGACGACGUUCUCAACGUCCUCGACUUCGAGGGUCGUUUCAGCGGUCGUGAGACAAGAAUCGGAGGGCUGGAUCUGGUCUGGGACGAUGGACCAGUUUGGACCAACUGUCCGUAUCCCGACAUUCGCACAGAAACUGUGCCCAACGAUUUCAAGAGGCUCAACAUCUUCCUCGGAACGCUCAAUGAUCGUCAAGAGCAGCUCUCUUUAUUGAAAAGUCAGCUGAUCGAGAAACGUAAAGCGGGACAAAAUUAUUCUCCCUUGGUGCAAUAUUGCUUAAAAUAAAGAUAAAUGGGUUUUAAGAUAUCUUUAAGUUUAUAUUUUAGAAUUCUUUAUAUAACGUCAGAAAUUGACUCUGAUUUACUUGCUGUUAACUUUUAUUGUUAUGUGAGAUAUUUUUCUCUAUAUUAAAAAUCUAAAAAAUUUAUAACCAGCAUUUUUUA